CAAGAUGGCAGCAUAGUCGCAGUUCGGCAUGUUGGUGUAAUUUGGUAGAAUUUAGUAAUAAGAGUAUACCUAUCAUCUCUAUUUGAGAUUGGAGAAGAGAGCCUUCUGCAGAAGAGCAAUUUCGCAGAAGCACGUAUUGGUCGAAAAGGGGACAAACAACUAUCGAUAAAUUCCCGUCCGGAUUUUGUUUUUUCCCCACCGUAUCGGUUCCACCUCGUGACGACGAGUCAAGACUCAAGGGGGCACUGCCCGUCACGUGACCCGGUCUGCCUUUUCACUUGUGGCCCGAGUCCGAUUUGAGUCGUGGUCUUCUCGCAAUCAAGUACGGGGUUCGAGCUUAUUUAUUUAAGUUUUUUUUUUUCAACCGAAGAUAAUCGCGUGGAUCAGGAUAUGGCGUUGUUCAGAGUCUCGGCAAACAGGCUCACUGAGCUCAACCAGGGUGUAGUACCACAGAUAUUUAAAAGGGCGAUAUGUGCCGAAAGCACCGAUCUAAAGGGAAUCCUGGCGACAAAAAUCCCCAAGGAGGUGGAAAAGGUUAAGAACUUCAGGAAGUCAUACGGUGGGACGAAAGUUGGCGACGUUACAGUUGACAUGAUGUAUGGAGGGAUGCGCGGGAUCAAGAGCCUCGUAUGCGAGACGUCCGUACUCGACCCGGAGGAGGGAAUACGGUUCAGGGGCUAUUCGAUACCUGAAUGCCAGAAACUACUGCCAAAGGCGAAAGACGGCGAGGAACCUUUGCCCGAAGGCCUGUUCUGGCUCCUGCUCACCGGCGACGUCCCGACCAAAGCUCAGGUUGAUUCAUUAUCCAAGUCGUGGGCUGAACGGGCUGAACUACCUCCACACGUUGUCACGAUGCUGAACAACUUCCCGGCUCAGAGGAUCCACCCCAUGUCCCAGUUCAGUGCAGCCAUCACAGCGAUGAACACCGAAAGUAAAUUUGCCAAAGCCUACUCUACUGGCAUCAAAAAAGCCCUUUACUGGGAGCACACAUAUGAAGAUGCCAUGGACUUGAUAUCCAAACUUCCUGUUAUAGCUGCGACAAUCUAUAGAAACACGUACCAGGACGGGAAAGGGAUCGGCGCAAUAGAUACCUGUCGUGACUGGUCUUGGAACUUCACGUCGAUGCUCGGAUUCGAGAGUCAGGAGUUCACCGAACUGAUGCGUCUCUACCUGACGAUACACAGUGAUCAUGAGGGUGGGAACGUGUCAGCUCACACUGUCCACCUUGUCGGAUCUGCCCUCUCUGACCCGUACCUGUCGUUCGCGGCCGGUAUGAACGGCCUCGCAGGCCCGCUCCAUGGCCUCGCCAAUCAGGAGGUACUCGUCUUCCUUACUAAGAUGAAACGCGAACUCGGCGAAAACAUUCCGGACGAAAAGGUGAAGGAGUACGUGACAAAGACGCUCAAGAGCGGCCAGGUCAUACCCGGCUAUGGUCACGCUGUACUCAGGAAGACAGACCCAAGGUACACAUGCCAAAGAGAAUUUGCUCAGAAGCACCUACCAAAGGACCCCAUGUUCAAGUUGGUGUCUCAAGUGUAUAAAGUCGUCCCUCCUGUUUUGAUGGAGACGGGUAAGGUCAAGAACCCAUGGCCAAACGUAGACGCCCACUCUGGUGUUCUCUUACAGUAUUAUGGAAUGAAAGAGAUGAACUACUACACAGUCUUGUUUGGAGUGUCCAGGGCUUUGGGCGUGAUGGCGUCACUUGUCUGGGACAGAGCGCUCGGACUACCGAUCGAAAGGCCGAAAUCACUGUCGACCGAGAGCCUCAUGAAAUUGCUUGGCGCAGUAUGCGGGAAGUGAAACAGUCCAACGGCGUACGAGCAGGAGAGAUCUCGUCCUUCUGGCACUCAAUUGCUUGGAGAAAACAGCUUAAAAAAAAAAAAAAAUUAUAUAUAAAAAAAUCACUUAGGACAAUAACUACUGAAAUCCCGGUUUGUAGUACAACUUAAUUUUCUUUCCCCACCCUCUUCCCCCAUACAUCUUUUUGUUGAAAAUGUUGUAAAAUAUAUGUUUUGUUCUUAUUUAUUGUUAAUUUAGGAAGAAAAAAAAAUAAACCGCGUGCGGAAGUUUUUAGAAUUGUUCUUAU